AAACAUGACUGAAACAAGUCAUAAAACCGCACGUGAAAACCGCACUAAGGUACCACACAUAUAACAUAGAACCGAGGCUUCAAUGGGCAGGACACAUCACCAUGCAGUGCUCGUGUAACCGCGGUUCGAACAUGACGGAAUCCAUCGACUUGAGCAUCGACCCCAAUAAAGCAUGGAAGGUUUUGAAGGACAGGCUUACAGUGGACAUCGUGGAACCCCUUCCUGCCACAACUCCGAUUUCAGAGGACAAGGUGAGGUUUGUGUGCGUGAGUGAUACUCAUGUCAAGACAGAUGACAUGACUCACCCAAUGCCAGAUGGUGACGUGUUACUGCACUCUGGUGACUUUACUUUCACUGGGUCUCUCUCUGAAGCAAAAAAAUUCAAUAACUGGUUAGGUACACUGCCUUAUAAGCACAAGAUCGUGAUCGCAGGGAAUCACGAAGUUAUUUUAGACGAGGAUACGUGUAUGACACCACUACCCGCUAAGGAGGUCAUCACCAAUGCCACGUACCUUCAAGAUUCCUCUACUACUGUGUACGGUUUUAAGGUCUAUGGCGCACCCUGGACGCCUGAGUAUCACGUUAUGGCCUUUAACCUAACGCGAGGAGAACCGCUUCGGGAGAAAUGGAGAAAGAUUCCCCUAGACGUGGACAUAUUAAUGACCCACGGACCACCCUUGGGCCAUGGCGAUCUCACCUGGCGAGGCGACCGGGCGGGAUGCGUUGACCUAAUGGAAACCUUGCAAACUAAAAUUAAACCCAAGUAUCACAUAUACGGUCACAUACACGAGGGCUACGGAAUUACCACAAACGGACGUACGAAUUUCGUCAACGCUUCCACGUGCGACCGAUUCUACAAGCCAGUAAACGCCCCUUUGGUCUUCGAUCUGCCGCUUCCACCUGGUGUCUCUAAGUCCUCCGCAGAAUUAGGCUAAGGAGAGACGAAAGAAAGGAAUUGGAAUGAGUGAGGAAGCAAGAAGCCCCCAAAUAAAGGAGGAAAGGAAGGAAGGGAAAUAACGAGAAGACGAGAAAAUUGUAGAAGGGACUUUUGACUUGAUAAUAUUGAGGAUGUGAUCUGCCGUCUGGUAUUAUUUAUGGCCAACCAGGAGGCUUGCUUUCACCAAGGGCAUGUUGUACCAAUAAUUUGAAAACAUAUUUUAGAGAGGGUCAUAUAUCAAGAUGAAAUAUAACCAAAAAUCUAUAGAAUGUGAUACCAUAGCCAUAAUUAAGUAUAUUUUUGUACUAAUUUUGAAUUCACUAAAUGUAAAUAAACGACGAGGAAAGAUUUCUGAAUAUGCCGAGUCAUCACUACUCUUUGUGGAGUGUUAUCACGACGUUAAAAUUUGUUAUUAUAUGAUUAGCUAUGUACUGCAUUUGCAUAGGGCCAUCGGCACAUUGUUUUGACACUUUAAACUGCUUUGAGAAUUCUGCUUCACUUGUUUUAUGCCUCUUGUUAUGUUCUAAAAACAUACCAGGCAUACUACGAAUUUCUUCUGAUCACAUUUAUCAUUGCGAAGUAGAAUAAAGUGUUAAAAAGACCUUGCUGAACAUUUAGCAAAACCUAAGGAUGUGUGGAUAUUCCCAAUCGAAAAUGGUCUUUUUGUUGAAAGUAUCCUACUUUGCGAAUAAAUUGUGUAUUUUUGGA